GUGUCCUAGUGACUCAAUUGAAACACUUCUUAACGAGCGACUCAAUAUUUUGACGAAAAUUAAAUUUAAUAAAAUGGUUAGUUCUAACUAUAAAAAUGAAUGAGGACUAAUGUUAAAUAGCCAAACGAACCAGCUACUAAACUUGCAAAUGGCUAUGAUAAUUAUAAACCGGAUUGCUGAAAACAUAUUUUCUGACAAUGAUAGUUUAUGUAAUAUAAAAAGGAAACCACUGAUUCAGUUACCUUUCUUUGGAUGUGAAAACUAACAUGUUUAAUGUACACUAGUAUAGCCUAAAGUCGGCUAACAUUAUCGUUAGCUUGAUGUAAGGAGUUGUGCUUCACUGGUUGCCUAGACACGGGGCACUCCAAUCUUAAUCCCGGGUAGCUGUCUGAAGUCAGUCGCAAACGUUAAAUGCUCCAGGGUGAUGCUUUCAUUUACUUUGUACGUUAAUUUAUUAGCUUUAUGAUAAUUACCACAGCAAUUCAAAUGCAACUUUCAUUUAAAGGUGGACCCAGGGUGGACCUGAACCGGUAAAACAGUGCCGGAACUUUCAUAGAUCAUUAUUCACAACCCAAAAAUCUGUGGCCAGAUAAAUUAGCUCGUUCAUUAGCGCGUUACAGUACGCCGAUUUCUCGGAGAAAAGAACGCCUAGCUAACUAGCAAACGAAUCGAGUUUCUCCUUCAAUCAGAUGUCGUUCUGCCUGGCUGAGCUGCACUUGUGGUCCUCAAAGAGUUCCUUGCAUGUCAGAGAUACAGAUAUUGGCACGCACCAGUACUAUGACAAAGGAGAACCGGUGAACCUGGCUGAUCACCACUACUUCAAUGAGAAGCAGCAUUUCGCAGAGACUCGCGGUCUCUGCUGGACUCCCAAGAACUCCCGUCCUGAGAAGCUGCGCGACUCCCUGAAGGAGCUGGAGGAGCUGCUGCAGGUCAGCAUGUGCGUUGGCUGCAGAUGGAGGAACACACGCUCCUGUCAGAUGCUGCUGAGCUCAGGGGUGUUGGUGACCCUGGGCCAGAGUGGAGCACAGCUGGAGCGGGUGUGUGUGGACCGGGCCCUGGUGGGACGGCUGGCCGCAGACACCAUCAGCGACGCGGUGAUCACAGACCGGUUCCUGCUCCUCUCCUUUGUGGAGAAGAACAAGGUGAGCCUGGUGCACCUAACCAAGAGGAGUCAGAGUUCCCCGGAUCUGAACAGACGAGUGGACAAGCUCUCCUUCUCAGACCUCAAGAUCUCCAGCGUGGACCUGCCCGGUCCGGCCGGGCGGCGGCUGGGUCUGCGGGUGGGGCUGAACCGCUCGCAGGAUGUGGCGGUUUGCUGGUGGCCAGCGGUUAAUGAGGAGGCCUGGCCUUGGUCUCCCGUCCCCAGCGAGGGAGACCGGGCCAACCUGGUGCUGCUGGGCUGCGGCGGCGCUGGCGGCCUGAAGGUCCUGAGCCAAAUUCGGACGGAGGGGGACCCCCUGGACUGCCGCUUCAGCCUCAGCCAGCCCUACCAGAUCCUGACGGUGGAGCUGGGGGCGGGGGAGAGCACGGCGGACAGCUGCGUGUACGAGUGCGCCAGGGGGCGGCCCCAGCGCCUGUCCGUCACCAGCGUGCCCCUGUCCUCCCGGCCGGCGUCCUGCUGCCGCGACCCGUCCGAGAGCAAGCUGCUGCUGGGCCUGCGGGACUCGUCCCUGGUGCUGUACGACGCCCGCCGCGGGGUCACCCUGCUCGCCCAGGCGCCCAUGCUGCCCUCCUUCGCGGCCUGGCACCCGGGCGGCGCCCUGCUGGCGGUGGGCGACGGGCAGGGGGAGCUCCAGUGCUUCGACGCCGGCCUCUCGCCCGUCCGCGUGCAGCUGCUGGCGGAGGAGGCGGCCCCCGGCCCCACCCUGCAGCUGUCCCGCCACCUGCGGGCCCCGGGGGGCCUGGCGGGGCUGCACUGGGCCGCGCCCCCGCACGGCGGCGAGGGGGCCGAGGUGCACGACCUGCUGAUCCUCGCCUACCACGGCGGCCCCAUCGGAGCCCUCCGCUUCAGGCUGGGGGCCCUGACGGGGGGCCAGGUGGGUCCGGCGGAGCUGGUCCAGGAGAGGCUGCGGUGCGGCCAGGCGGAGGAGGCCGUGGGCCUGCUGGGGGCCAUGGACUGGAGCACCAUGGGAGCCGAGUGCUACCGAGCGCUGGCCGCCAUCGCCGACCACCUGCUCCGGCAAGAGCUGGACGAGGACAGGGAAGCCCAGCUGGAGGCUGCUCUGGGGAUGUUCUACGCCCCGUCCCGGCCCCUGUCCGACAUGGUGGUGCUGGAGUACCGAGACGCCAUCAGCAAGUACGCCCGGCGUUUCUUUCACCACCUGCUGAGGUACCAGCGCUUUGAGAAGGCCUUCCUGCUGGCGGUGGACGUCGGGGCGAGGGACCUGUUCAUGGACAUCCAUUACGUAGCGCGAGAUAAGGGGGAAUUGGUGCUGGCUGAGGUGGCGAAGAAGAGGGCUAAUGAAAUCGAUGCGGAAUCCCUAACAACCGGACUGGCAGGGGAGCAGGAGUGGGGUACUGCACGUGACUCCACCGUGCCGGACAGACAGACGACCAGACGGAGGGACAGUCAGCUGGGACGGAAGACUCAGGUUCUCCCCGGGGAAGGGCGCGGCCGCGACCUGUCCCACACCCAAUCUCAGGACAGCCUGUCGUCACGAGCUGCUAGCCGAGGACAGCAGACCAGAGGGCUGGAUGAGGUCUUCUCCGGAGCUAUGGCCGGGGAUGAAACCUGGGACUGGGCACAGGCAGAAUUUAACAUCGAUGCCAGCGAGGAUCAGGUGACUGACGAUCCCGGAACACUCAAAGUUGUCCAUUUUGGUUUGGUUUGAACAACCACUUGCCUUUUCGUUUUCAGAAUGUUGGCUAACAUUUUAAAAAUAACAUUGAACACUUUUAGUUUUAUGUUAUGAUGGUUUGCCGCAAAACAUAUUAUUUGAAUAUAAAUAUUGUAAAAAUAAAUGCUCGAGCGUUCGAUGAGAAGUGAAACGGUAAUAGUUUAGCUUAUUCUGUUUGGGGCAAUAUAAUGCCAAGUGCGCAUGCCAAACUGUCUUACCCGUGGGCAUUUGUCAGACUAUAUAAAAGCUACGGAAUUAAUAAACCUAUUCUGUUUUAAUGAAUAGGCUACAACUAAAUCGUACAUUAUUUAACGAGACAAUUAUAUUACCCGACUGUAGCGUUUUUAUGAUUCUAGGCAAUGUUUUCUACUUUUAUCGAAAUUUCUGUUUGCAAAAAUCAUGCAUAAUAAAGAUAUUUUUCAAUGCAAUCUUCA